UGAGGUGGCGGUGGGCUGCGGCAUGGCCACGGCGGACACAGCCUUGCCGUCCUUCAGCACGCUGACCACCCUGGGUCCCUUCCUGGAUUCACAGGAUGACUUCCUCAAGUGGUGGCGCUCAGAGGAGGGACAGGACCUGGGGCCUGGCCCGCCGGAACCGCCCCUCCACGUGAAACAGGAGUCGGAGGAUGUACCCUCGAAGGAACAAGAGGAUGCGAGAGACACGGUCAGCGCCUGGGACCUAGACCUUCUCCUCACCAACUUCCAGUGCCCAGAGCCGGGAGGCGCAGCCCAGGCCUGCUCUCGGGCACCCGCUGAAGGUCCGGGGGCUCAAUUCCCGCCGCCCCCUGAGACUAUCGGAGCCUAUGCGGGCAGCCAGGGGCUGGUGUCUGGGUUCUUGGGUCCCGAAGAGCAUCCAAGCUGGGCGCGCGCGGCGCCCCGAGCCCCAGUCCCUGAUGCCUUCGUGGGUCCAGCCCUGGUCCCGGCCCCCGAGCCAAAGGCGCUGCCUUUGCAUCCGCUGUACCCGAGUCCGGGGGCGGCCACCCCGAGCAGCUACUUCCCGCGGACCGGCCUUUCUGUGCCCACAGCACCGGGCGCCCCCUACGGGCUGCUGUCCGGGUACCCUGCGCUGUACUCGGCGCCGCAGUACCAAGGGCACUUCCAGUUCUUCCGCGGGCUCCGGGCUCCCGCGUCAGGACCCGUCGCGAACCCCUCCUUCCUAAGCCGUCUGGGGUCCGGCUCAGCGAGUGUAGGACUCGCGUGGAACACAGGAGAGUCUGGAGGAACCGGGGAGACCGCAACCUCCAAGCGCAGCCGGAGCUCGUGCCCGCGCAGGAAGCAGGCGGCGCACGCGUGCACGCACCCGGGCUGCGACAAGAGCUACACCAAGAGCUCGCACCUGAAGGCGCAUCUGCGCACGCACACGGGGGAGAAGCCCUAUGCCUGCACGUGGGAUGGAUGUGGCUGGAAGUUUGCCCGCUCAGAUGAGCUAACCCGCCAUUACCGGAAGCACACAGGACAGCGUCCCUUCCGCUGCAGGCUCUGCCCGAGGGCCUUCUCACGCUCCGAUCACCUGGCUUUGCACAUGAAGCGCCACCUCUGAGCUCCCGUCCUGCCACUUGGACCUUCCAUGGACAGGGAUGGAACAAGACCUCAUUGGGGUUUCCUCUCUGGAGGACCCUAGCCCAGUCCUACAAAGCCACUGAAGGCCCAAGGACAGGCUCAGAGUCAGGGGAGCCUGUGAGAGAAGCUCCCUCGUCUCCAGAAACAAGAACCAGAGAAAGACACCCAAUGGUCACAGUGAC